GCAGUAUUUAAAGGCAUGAAAAUCAAUUGCUCACUUUGGUUGAAAAAUCGGAGUUUCUGAUAACAAAGUCACACACAGUUUUAGCGUUGGACAGCUAAAUUCACAACUAAAAAGCGCUUGAUAUGGAGUCUGUACACGAACCCUGUGAAUACACCAACAACACGGAGGAGAAGCAUGCUGCUCAUCAGCUCGAGACGCACGCUCCUGGUGAGACUGAUGGAGGGAGAGACGAGAAAAAGAAGAAGUGCUGGAGGUGGCCGUUUGGUCCUGGUGAGACCGAUGGAGGUAGAAAGGAGGCAGGGAAUGAGGAGAAACGUAACCUGGUUAAUAAUAAGACUGGGAAGAAGCUCAAGCGCGCGGCGGCGGGAACAUCUCGCAGACAUGACAAGGGUUACAUUCUGAGGCGUUAUAAAAUUGGUCCCAAGCUGGGUGAAGGAGGAUUUGGCUUGGUGACCGCAGGGACUCGCCGCAAGGAUGGACUUGAGGUUGCUGUGAAAUAUUCAUUGAAGUCACCAAACAUGCCAUUUAUCACAGUGCCCGGUCAUCCCAAACGCCUGACCUGGGAGAUAGGCCUGACACUUAUGGCCAAUAAGAGCCCCAGCUCCCCUCAAAUCAUUAAACUGCUGGACUGGCAGGAAUGCACUGGCCACUACAUCAUGGUCAUGGAGCGGCCCUUGCCUUCCAUGGACUUGCUUAGUUUCAUGGAGCUCCACGGAGGAACCCUCAACGAGGGCACGGCACAACAUGUUAUGCGGCAGGUUGUUCGUGCCGCUAACGUGUGCUGUGAUAACGGUGUCUUCCAUCGGGACAUCAAACCGGAAAACCUCCUGGUGAAUCAAGACACCAUGGAGGUGAAACUAAUUGACUUUGGUUGUGGUGCUCUCAUGAAAGAAGCAGCCUUCAAAGUCUUCUGCGGCACAAAAGAGUACUUUCCUCCAGAGUUCAAGCUCACUGGCAAAUACCAUGCCAAGCCGAUGACAGUGUGGUCCCUCGGGAUCUUGCUGUUUGAAAUGGUGUGCGGGGAUUUUCCCACAGCCAAGGACCUGUACAUGACCGCUGCCAACAUCUGGACAAAUCCAGGCCUGUCACAAGAAUGCUGCAGAUUGAUUUGUGAUUGUCUGCAGUCUGAGCCAAAGAAGAGACUCGCUCUGGAGAUGAUGCAUCUCCAUGACUGGUUUAAGGUCAUGGAUUAAGACUUGGAGAGAACAUCAGAAAACGACAUCUGUCCCAGCCACCCUUGAUUUCUGUUCUCAGUCUACUUUCCAUCUGCCGGGUCGAUAUUAGUGGCCUCUCGAUCCCUCCUCUCAGGCCUUAGCGUCUUGUUGUGCCACCAAGUCCUUGAUUUAAAGCAGUAUAUCUGGCAGUAUUGCUUGC